GAGAAAGAACAAGCGAUUCCACUUCGCUGGGAAAAGAUAUUCCCUCUACCUAGGCACAGAUAGGUUAUACAAUGAGUUUGAUAUGUCUUUCGGAUUCUCCGUCGGCGAUGUGCUUGUUUGCAGCAAGCUUGCAAUCAAUGCGUAUACGGCACUGAAGGAUGCUCCUAAAGAAUUUGAAGGCUUGCGCCUGGAAGUCCUGAGCCUGAGCGCCACACUUCGAGCUUUGGCUGAAGAAGCAAACUCUCCCAAUUCAAUCAUUCUGUUGGCAUCGCCGCAGCGUCAAGAGAGCCUUCGUGUCUUGCUAGAUAACUGCUCUAAAGGCUUGCAACAGCUGCACUUACUAACCAAGAAGUUCCCCUCAUUAGGCUCGCCUGAAAAGACGAAAUUUCUGGAACACGUAAGAUUCUCCUUGCAGAACAAAAAUGGCCCGCGUGAUAAGCUCGCCAUUCACACCGCGAGCAUCAACAUCUUUCUUACGAGCCUGACUCAUUCAAGUUUGGGCCGUCUGGAAGGACUGAUCAAGAACGCCUUGCGUGGCUCAGCCCAGAAACAACAAGGCUCUCAGACACAAUUUGCGAGUGCUGGCUACACAAAUCACAUCGUUCUAGGUGACAGAAGUCAGGCUUUCAAUGUGCAAACUCCCGACGUUGGCUCUGUCUCAGCCGUAGGCUCAGAGGACGAUGUAUGGGCGAGCAUUGGUCAAGACCUCAGUUGGGAAGGUAUACGUGCUCAAGACGUGAAGCCAUUCAGAGACGAAAUCAUAACAUAUAUCCGCUACUUGCACAAUGGUGGUGAGCCGUUUUGGAAGCGAGGUUCUUCAAGCUCAGAGCAAGAAGCAAUGAGAAAGGGACGAGUUGAAGAAAAGUCACGGCCAGCAGCUUACACUCGAGACGCCACGCCUCAUCAAAGGCCCGACUCUCGUCACAGUUAUCCAGUUUCUCAAGCGCCACCAGCAUAUACCGCCCACGCACCAUAUCCAGUGUCGCAACAGCUACCCCUGCAACAGCCAUCCGCUCCCAAUCGCAGCAGUACAAGCACAACACCAAGUGCGGGUUCUGCUCUUUGGGCUUAUCGUCCACCAUCGCAACAACCUACCCCAGAGGAUGCAGAUUAUAGUAGUGAUGACGACCAUCUAACUUCCCGACCUGCUCAGAAUAGCAAUGAUGACAGCAAUAGCGACGAUGGGCUGACCGUGGUUAGUCCACCAGCACUAAAACCUGUACUCAGGCGUAAAGAAGGUCAAACCGCUCUUCCCAAUAAUUCCAAUGCUCCUCCAAAUCAACAGGAAUACGGCAAGCUGCUGAAUCCCGGCUCAGUAAAUCACACGGAGUCGGAGUUUGAAUCGCAGCAUAGCACCGUGAAUCAACCGGUCGAACAGCCACAACCACAACAAGGUGCUGGCUCAUUCGUCUCACAAUCUCCCUCUAGUUUUUUUGGUGCUCCCAGUGGUGGAUUUGGUGCUCCCAGCAGCAGUACGUUCACUGAGUCCAGCCCCUUCGGGAAUCCACAGGCCUCCACAAGUGAAAGUCUCUUCGGCGGCUAUGCACCACCUGUGACUGCGAGUACAGACGUUUCAGUGGGGAAAAGAGCUUCCUCCACAAGUAGUGGGCUCUUUGGAAGUAAGCCCGCGACUGGCGAGACCUUAUUUGGUAGCAACAAGCCGUCAACAAACCAAACUUCAGUACGCUAUGGUGACGCGUCCCAUAGCCAAGUCCCAGUCUUAUUUGGCAAGCCUGCGGUCAAUGAAAAUGAGAUAAAUGAGAUGGCCGAGCUAUUUGAUCACAUGUUCGACGUGGAUGAUGCUGACGUGGUUAUCGCGCAAGGCAUAGAUGAGCCCCUAAGGAACUCUUCCUUACCAGCAGACUCAGUCCAUGAAUAUACCGAGCCCCAGCACGGACGAUCUAAUUCAAUUGCGCCUGAAUCACGGCCGCCGCAUUUGACCUUUGGACCAUCGCCACUUGAUGAACAAAAGAUAUUUUACAGUGCGAGUUCGGGAUCCCCGCAGUCGUUGUUUUCCGGUGACCCCAUCUACUUCCGCAUGCCGCCACCUGUACGGCCGACAGAUCCUCUCGAGAGCAAGCGGGCUUGUCUCACCAGAGUGAAAACUCAACUUGAGAUGCAGCUUAGACGACUGUAUGAUGCUCAGCACACCGGUGAUGGGACUGUGAUUCGGAUGCUUCUCAACCCCGGUCCUGGGGCCCGUCCGUCACCUAUUCAUGAACGUGUUGCUUACCUAAGAGCUGCUGGUGCUAUCGUGGUGGAUUGCGACAUAUGCCGUACGCCAGUUCCGGACAAGCAUUGGCAUUGUGGUCUUUGUGCUGGCGGCGAUUGGGAUUGUUGUUUGGAUUGCCGCAUGAAGGGCCAGGGUUGCCCGGGUAGACAUGCUCUAGCUGAGAGAAGUGCCAGGAGGUGGGGUGGCCGGGACUACUGGACCAAUUUGUAGUUGAUUUGGAAGAAGUGCCGUUCUUUUCUGACUUAUUCUCUUGGAUCUGUUUUAAUCUUGCUUUGACUUGUUUUCCACAUACAUCUACCACAACUAUCGAUAUAAUUCAUCAGGAAUUACUCGAAAGUACUCAAUAGUGUGAGUUAAUAGACGUCAAUAUUACCACUGAUUGGCAUCAUAUUACUCUUCUGACCACUCCUCACGGGUGCGAAUCUCUAGCUCAGCCUCAAU